AUGAUUAGGCAUGUAAACUCUAAAUGGAUCAUGAGGGACGUUAACAAUGUUUAUCUGCACAGAAGAGGCUUAUAUUAUGGAUCUUAUCAAAACCCAAGAACAUUAGUAUGGGGUAUAGGAACAGUAAUUUUUAUUUUAAUGAUGGCUGUUAAUGUUAAAUGGCCUAGUUGGAUGUUAGUUAAUAUUAUUAAUACAGGGACAAUUUUAUGUUUAAGAGCCGUUGAUUUAGUUGAAUUUUUAAUAGGAGGAUAUACAGUAAGUAAUUCUACUAUAAAUAGAUUUUUCUCAUUACAUUAUAUCUUGCCUUUUAUAAUUGCUGCUUUAGUUUUAAUGCAUUUAAUCGCUCUUCAUGAAAGAGCUGGAUCUGGAAAUCCUCUUGGAGUUACUGGAAAUUGUGAUAAAUUGGCUUUUGCUCCUUAUUUUUUAUUUAAAGAUUUAGUGACUAUUUUUAUUUUUAUAUUAGUAUUAUCUAUUUUUGUAUUCUUCCUGCCUAACCAUUUAGGAGAAAGUGAAAACUAUAAUCCAGCAAAUCCUAUGUCUACUCCAAUUUCGAUCGUUCCAGAGUGA